AUGGCUAACAUGUUUUCUGAGAGGCAACAGGAAAAUUUGCCUAACACUUCUGAAGUGAAUCCAAAAAGAGAUGGAAAGGAGUAUUGCAAAGCAGUUACCUUGAGAAGUGGUAAAGAAUUAGAAGCUCCGGUGAGAAUUGAAAAGCUUGAGAAAGAUAAGCAGAGGGUGUUGUCUCAAACACAAGAGGCUACAAAAAAGGAUAUUGAAGUUAAGGUAGAAACUCAAGCACUAACUCCUCAAGAACCAUCUCUCAGAAUUCCUUUUCCUCAACGCCUGAAGAAAAGCAAACUAGAUCAACAGUUUGCUAAAUUCAUCAAUGUAUUCAAGAAAUUUCACAUCAAUAUCCCAUUCACUAAAGCUCUAGAACAAAUGCCGAGUUAUGUGAAGUUUAUGAAAGACAUCUUGUCAAACAAGAGGAAACUAGAGGACUAUGAAACAGUUGCACUUACUGAAGAGUGCAGUGCCAUAUUACAAAGGAAGUUGCCCCAGAAGCUUAAAGAUCCAGGGAGUUUCACCAUCCCUUGUUCAGUUAGGAAUGUUGUGUUCGAGAAGGCAUUAUGUGACUUAGGUGUAAGCAUCAACUUAAUGCCUUUAUCUAUCUUUCAAAAGUUGGGUUUAGGUGAAGCAAGACCUACCACAGUGACACCACAAUUGGCAGAUCGCUCUAUUAAGCACCCUAGAGGAGUAAUUGAGGAUGUGCUCGUUAAAGUUGACAAGUUUAUCUUCCCUGCAGAGUUCAUAGUUCUUGACAUGGAGGAAGAUAAAGAAAUACCUAUCAUACUUGGAAAAUCAUUUCUAGCGACAGGAAGAGCACUUAUCGAUGUUCAAAAGGGUGAACUGCACCUUCAGGUACAAGAAGAAUACUUAAUUUUUAAUGUCUUCAAUACUAUAAAAUACCCAGAAGCAAGUGAUAGUUACUUUCGGAUUGAUGAAAUGGAAGCUAUAGUGUCUAACCAUGUGGGUCAAUCAGAUCCCUUGGAGACUAGCUUAUUGCAAAAUGAUUCUUCAAUCAUGAAGGAUGAGGAGGUGAUAGAGUAUUUACGGUGGAUGGAUUCCUUUGAGCCAAAUAAAAGGAAAUACUUUGAAACUCUGGGACAAAGCUCCUCACGUCCCAUGCCAUCAAUUGAAAAGCCGCCGAAUCUCGAACUAAAACCAUUACCGGCACAUUUUCGUUAUGCAUAUCUUGGUGAAUCAUCAACUUUACCGGUAAUCAUUUCCUCUGUACUCUCUCUUGAAGAAGAAGAUAAGUUAUUAAGAGUGCUGAGAGACCACAAGUCUGCAAUUGGGUGGUCUUUGGCAGAUAUUAAGGGAAUUCGCCCAUCUAUGUGUAUGCAUCGUAUUCUGUUGGAAGACAACAUCAAACUAUCAGUGGAAGCACAACGAAGACUUAAUCCAACCAUGAAAGAGGUAAAAGGAGGAAUGACGGUAGUGAAGAAUGAAAAUAACGACCUUAUCCCUACAAGAACUGUUAUAGGAUGGAGAAUAUGCAUUGAUUACAGGAAGUUAAGUAAAGCCACACGAAAAGAUCAUUUUCCUUUACCUUUUAUUGAUCAGAUGCUAGAUCGGUUAGCGGGCCAUGAGUACUACUGUUUUCUAGAUGGCUAUUCCAGAUACAAUCAAAUAGCCAUAGCACCAGAGGACCAAGAGAAGACUACAUUUACAUGUCCUUAUGGCACUUUUGCUUUUCGAAGAAUGCCGUUUGGAUUAUGCAACGCUCCUAGCACUUUUCAAAGGUGUAUGAUGGUUAUUUUCUCAGACAUGGUGGAGCGGAUAAUUGAGGUAUUUAUGGAUGACUUUUCUGUCAUUGGAAAUUCAUCUGAUGAUUGCCUUGACAAUCUUAAACAGGUGCUAAUCCGAUGUGAAUAAACUAACUUAGUUUUAAAUUGGGAGAAAUGUCAUUUUAUGGUGCGUGAAGGCAUAGUUUUGGGCCACCGGAUUUCUUCCAAAGGCAUUGAGGUUGAUCGAGCUAAGAUCGAGACAAUAGAAAAGUUACUACCACCAACAUUAGUAAAAGGGAUAAGGAGUUUUUUGGGUCACGCGGGCUUCUACAGAAGAUUUAUCAAUAACUUUUCUAAGAUCUCCAAGCCACUCUCAAGUCUUCUGGUGCAAGGCACUUCUUUUGUUUUCAGUGAAGAGUGUCAACGGGUAUUCUAUAAUCUCAAAGAGAAACUUGUGUCUGCACCAAUUAUUGUAACUCCAGAUUGGGAGUUGCCAUUUGAAUUGAUGUGCGAUGCGAGUGAUUAUGCGGUAGGGGCUGUUCUUGGGCAACGCAAGAAUAAGGUGUUUCAUGCUAUCUACUACGCCAGUCGCACUCUCAAUGAUGCCCAACUUAAUUAUGCAACCACAGAGAAGGAGUUAUUGGCAAUUGUGUUCGCCUUUGACAAGUUUCAGCCUUAUUUAAUCAGCAAUAAGGUAAUUGUUUUCACAGAUCAUUCUGCAAUUAAGUACCUUAUGACCAAGAAGGAUGCUAAACCGAGACUCAUCCGUUGGGUGCUGUUAUUACAAGAAUUUGACUUGGAGAUAAGAGAUAAGAAAGGAAUAGAAAAUCUCGUGGCGGAUCACCUCUCUAGACUUGAAUUACCGAAGGAAGAAGAAGUGAAAAAGCCUCCAAUUGAUGAUAAAUUUCCUGAUGAGCAACUAUUCACUAUUUACUCUGCAAAGCUGCUUCCUUGGUAUGCCGAUAUUGUGAACUACCUUGCAGCCAAAAUUGUACCUUCGGAGUUUUCUUAUCAACAAAAGAAGAAGUUUUUCUCCAAUGUCAAGCAUUAUUAUUGGGAGGAACUGGUGCUUUAUAAACAUUGCGCAUAUCAAAUUAUUCAGAUAUGUGUCCCGGAAGAAGAGAUGGAGGAUAUCCUAAGGCAUUGCCAUACACUUGAGUGUAGAGGCCAUUUUAGGGGAAAUCAAACUGCCGCUAAAGUUCUCCAAUCGGGAUUCUAUUGGCCAAGCUUGUUCAAGGAUGCUUAUGCUUUCGUGACGGCGUGUGAUAGAUGCCAAAGAAUGGGGAAUAUUUCUAGGAGGAAUGAAAUGUCACUGCAAACUAUUCUAGAAGUGGAGUUAUUCGACGUAUGA